CGGAACAAAGAUGCAGAGCCGAAGCUUCCGGGGAAUCCAGAGGCAGCAAGUACCGUGACAAACCGGGGGACUCUGAAGCAGGUGGGACUGCCCUUCCCCUUUGGCCGGCUCGCCUGAAGAGCGUCGGAGGCUGGGAGGCGGGGCUUUAUCUUGCGGUGGCGGCUCCGCUUCUGCGACUGGCGAGUGAAGUCGCGGCCGGCCUGGGUCGACCUUAUCAGGAUGCUGUUGGCUGUGUGGGGCUUCCUGAAGCGCCACAAAAAGAAAUGGUUCUUCUUGGGCGCCUUCCUGGGCGGAGUUUACGUACUUGGAAAAUAUGGGCAGAAAAAAAUGAAAGAAAUUCAAGAAAGAGAAGCGGCAGAAUACAUAGCACAAGCACGAAGGCAGUAUCAUUUUGAAAGUAACCAGAGAACUUGCAACAUGACAGUGCUGUCAAUGCUGCCAACACUGAGGGAUGCUUUGAUGUACCAGUUGAAUUCUGAGAGCCUCACUUCUCUGCUGAAAAACAAACCAUGCAACAAGUUAGAAAUAUGGGAAGAUCUGAAGAUCAUAAGUUUUACAAGAAGCAUCGUAGCUGUGUACAGCACAUGUAUGCUUGUAGUUCUUCUGCGAGUCCAGUUAAACAUCAUUGGCGGAUACAUCUACUUGGAUAAUGCAGCUGUUUGCAAAAAUGGCACAACACUUCUAGCUCCCCCUGAAGUCCAACAACAAUAUUUAUCAAGUAUUCAACACCUUCUAGGAGAUGGUCUGAUUGAGUUAAUUACUGUGGUUAAAAAAGCUGUGCAGAGCAUUUUUGGAAGUAUGUCUCUGAAACACACACUGUCUCUCUUGGAUUUGGACCAGAAGUUAAGGGAAAUUAGGACAGUAAUAGAACAGCCCAGGGAGGAUUCCACUUCUGAAGAAAGUAAAUCUCAGCCCCUGCUUUGUUGUUACAUGAUGUCAGAUGAGGAAAAUCCUUUAGCUACCCAGGCCUAUGGACUUACAGAAAAAGAUAUUGCUACUAUUAAACUACUUAAUGAAACAAGAGACAUGUUGGAAAGUCCAGAUUUUAACAGAGUGUUGAGCUCUUGCUUAAAUAGAGGAUUCAGUCGAUUAUUGGACAACAUGGCAGAAUUCUUCAGACCCACUGAACAGGACCCAGGCAAUAGCAGCUCUGUGGACAGUCUUUCUAGUGUCAGUCUUCCUUUAGCCAAGAUAAUUCCAAUAAUAAAUGGGCAGAUCCAUUCAGUCUGCAGUGAAACACCUAGUCAUCUUGUUCAGGACCUGUUAACAAUGGAACAAGUGAAAGAUUUUGCUGCUAAUGUGUAUGAAGCCUUCAGUACUCCUCAACAACUAGAGAAAUGAACUACAACAAGAUGAUGUAUUCUUAGUGGCCACUCCACAUUAACGCUUCAUUUAAUAAGAAAUCUUGUGAAUGUAACAAUGGUGCAGGAUCACAGACUACAAGAUAAUGUAGAGAAAUACAACUUUUCCUUUUUAUAUUGGAACAGAUUUCAAACCCUGAUUUGAAGUAGUGGAGGGGAAAAAAUCAUGCUAUAUAAGCCUUUGCACCAAGGCAGUCUUAGUUAUGAACAAUUUGUUUACAGAAAAACUCAGUGCAAUCAAAUAUCCUGAUAGAUGAACCUCGGUUCUUAAAAUUCUGCAGGCUGCAAGAAAAAUAGAAGCCAGAACUUGCUGUUUGAUUUCUUAAUAAACUCAGAUAGGGAGAAGGUUUUUUUCUUUUCUAGAAAUAAUUUAAAGUAAUGAGAUCAUUUAGCUUGGGGAAACAGUUUUAUACUCAUGGAUUUGCUGAGGCAGAGACUGCAGUUAAAUAGUAGGGAAGGGAAAGAACAAGACUGAAGGGGAUAAGUAUGCAGCAACCUGUAUGUAUACUCUGCUUCAGUCCUCUCAAUUGUAGAUGAAUGCAUUAGAUGGCGUCUAGGUGGAGCAUCUCUCGGCACCCAGCAGCUGUUAAACAAGGCCACACUUUCCUUUGUCUCUUUCUCCACAAUGAUCUCUGCUUAGAAGGGCUACAAGAAGAUGACUUUAGUUCCAUUGGCCUCUCUGCUCAGUCUAAGAAUGCAAAAACAGCAAGGGCACUUCGGUUUCUGCGCUUUAAGUUCUCUAGCUUGGAGGUCAGGUACAAGAACAAACUAAUCUUUAAGUUCUUGCUCAGACGUUUCAGACUUGGGAAUAGAAUACUGUUUACACUGCUGGUAAACAGCUAUUGCUGUAUACAUUCAUUUGUAAAUAUUUUUAAUUUGUAUUAAUGGAAGCCCUACAAAAUACCAGUUAUCACAGUAAAAUAUUUUAACUACCAUCGUGUACAGUAAUUGUCAAAAUACAGGAGAAUGUCUAUAUGUCAAUGUUAUUCAUACAGUUUUGAUAAGGGGAAAGUAACUGGCUUUUCAUUUGGUUUUAAAAGGUUUUUUAAAUCUAUUCAAUACAUUAACAUGAAACAGUCAA